AUAGAUUCAACUAUGAAUAAUUUACAAAGACAAGGUAGGGUUUCGUUUUAUAUGACAAGUUAUGGUGAAGAAGCUUCAGUGGUUGGGUCUAGUGCUGCUUGGAAUCAAGAUGAUGUGGUCUUUGCUCAAUACAGAGAACAAGGUGUUUUACUUUGGAGAGGUUGUAGUUUAGAUUACUUAAUGGCACAAUGUUUCUCAACCCACUCAGAUCAAUCAUCCAAAGGCCGACAAAUGCCAGUCCAUUACAGCUCCAAAGCCCAUAACUUCUACUCUAUCAGUUCUCCAUUAGGCACUCAAAUCCCUCAAUCAUCCGGUGCAGCUUAUAGUUUAAAAAGAGACAUCAACCUAAAAAAAAUCAAAAAUGAUGAUAACCAAAAAAGAUGUGUGGUGUGUUAUAUUGGUGAAGGUGCGGCUAGUGAAGGUGAUUUUCAUGCGGGUGUUAAUAUGGCUUCUGUACUGGGUGGUCCGAUCGUUUUCUUUAUAAGAAAUAAUGGAUUUGCGAUUUCUACACCUUCAAAUCAACAAUUCAAAGGAGACGGAAUCGCAUCCCGAGCCAUCGGGUAUGGAAUUAAGGCUAUCAGAGUAGACGGAAACGAUCCGAUUGCCGUUUAUUUAGCGUGUAAGGAAGCCAGAAGAUUAGCUAUCCAAGGUGAAGGAGAACCGAUCUUGGUAGAAGCUAUGACUUAUAGAGUGGGACAUCAUUCGACUUCAGAUGAUUCUAGUGCUUAUCGAAACCGUUCUGAAGUUGAUGAAUGGAGAAAAAAAGAUAAUCCUGUGGAUCGGAUGAGAAGGUUUUUAGAACAUCAAACUUGGUGGAAUUCAACCAAAGAAAAAGAUUUGAUCGAUUCAUGGAAAUCUAAAAUUUCAAAAUCCACCAAACUUGCCGAAAAAGCAUUCAAACCUGAGAUUUCUCAAAUGUGGACAGAUGUGUUUUAUGAAACUGAUCAAUUACAUUUAAUUCAACAAAAAGAAGAAAGUGAAAAGGUUUUAAAGAGAUGGGCAAAGUAUAAAUUAUAUGAACAUGAACUUGAUCGAUACAAAUCAAAAGAAUGAAAGACAUUCAUCACCAUCAAUCAAGUUAUUUUAUGAUUUUCUUUUUUCCCUCUUUCUAUCUAUUUUAUUAGCAAAAAGUUCUUUGAAUGUUGUACAAUUUGUUUGUGACAUUUAUUGUUGUUGUUUUCUUUACAUCGUUAUUAUUGAAACCAAAGUGUGUGUAGGGUAUUAAUAACCUGAAAGUCUAUCAAGUUUAGUUUUUUUUCGAUUUUUGUUGUAAUUCAAACCAAUUCAAUCAAUCAUAAAAUACAAAACCUCACACAAAAUAGCAAUAGGCAGUAACAGUAACAAGUAGUAUUCAAAAAAACCAAAACUCAACACAACUCAUCCCACAAACCUAAACGAAUC